UGUCUUGCAUUCAAAACGGUCGGAGUUCCCGGGAGGUUCGGAGUCGGACAUUAAGCUCGAAGGAAAGUGCUUUGAACACUCUUCCGAACCUCGGAGCUGUUUUGAACGCGGCAAUGCUUUAACAAAAGAAGCACCACGGAAUAUUGGUAUCCGAGGCGUUUUGAACACACCAAAAGUUAUUUCCUGGAGAGAAAUCAUGGCUCGCAAACGAGCGAAGGUUUGGAUGUACAAAUGAGCAUAAAAGUAUAGUUUUAGUUCCUUCAUCCGAGCCUCUAAAGAACCAGUGGGUUGAUUUUAUUUUAUCUGGAAAUGAUCCGCCAGUCUGCGCCAAACAUUUCACUGACGACUGCUUCCUCAACUAGGGCCAAUACAGAGCUGGACUUGCUCAACGUCUGAAAAUGGAGUCUAGAUCAGUACCAACUCUCCUCGGCUCAGCUACAAACCGCAGACAACAGCUUCUCUCAAGGGAUGUUGCCUGCCAGACCGACCACCGGCUAUCCUUAAAGACUUUGCGGACCCGUUUUAAAAGUGAAGAAGACUGCGAUUCCUUUGUAGACCGCAGCACGCAGCGCGGCGCCACCUCGGAGAGUCUGGGUGUGGACGCCCCCGGCUCCUCCCACCUGGCCAGUCACAGGGAGGAGCUGAAGAUCUACGGUAAAGGGGAGGGCCCACUGGCGGUGGACGGCCAUGACACCCUCUUUGCCGCGUCAGAACUGGAGGCCUUGAGCUCGCUGUCCGCUGACCACAGCGUGGCCAAGAGCCUGAACUGCAGCGUGCGGUUGGUCCGCCUUGAGGAGCUGACUGGGCAUCAGGGCGGCCGCAAGGGCCGGCCCGGUGUCUUAUGUGGAAAGGUUAUUCCCAACAAUGCCAAUAUGAUCGUCCACAUGAGGACUCACUCCGGGGAGAAGCCCUACAAGUGUGACCAAUGCAAGAAGAGCUUCACAGAGCGUGCCAACCUGAAGACCCACAUGAGGACUCACACCGGGGAGAAGCCCUACAGUUGUGACCAAUGCAAGAAGAGCUUUGGACGGAAACAACACCUGAAGAUCCACAUGAGGACUCACACCGGGGAGAAGCCCUACAGUUGUGACCAAUGCAAGAAGAGCUUUGGACGGAUAAGCACCCUGAGGAUUCACAUCAAGACUCACACCGGCGAGAAGCCCUACAAGUGUGACCAAUGCAUGAAGCCCUUCAGUCGGAAACAACACCUGAAGAUCCACAUGAGGACUCACACCGGGGAGAAGCCCUACAAGUGUGACCAAUGCAAGAAGAGCUUCGGACAGAAAUGCAACCUGCAGUUCCACAUGAGACUCAACACCGGUGAGAAGCCCUAUAGCUGUGACCAAUGCACGAUGCGCUUCGCAGAGAGCUCUGCCCUGAAGAUCCACAUGAGGACUCACCCCCCGACGGAGGGCAGUUGCUCAGUGUUUGGAUGUACAAAUGAGCACAAAAGUAUAUUUUUAGUUCCUUCAUCCGAGCCUCUAAAGAACCAGUGGGUUGAUUUUAUUUUCUCUGGAAAUGAUGUGGGAGUCUGCGCCAAACAUUUCACCGAAGACUGCUUCCUCAACUUGGGCCAAUACAGAACUGGACUUGCUCAACGUCUGAAAAUGGAUUCUAGAUCAGUACCAACUCUCCUCGGCUCAGCUACAAACCGCAGACAACAGCUUCUCUCAAGGGAUGUUGCCUGCCAGACAGACCACCUGGAAACUCAUACUGUAGCCACACGGCUAUCCUUAAAGACUUUGCAGUCCCACUUUAAAAGUGAAGAAGACUGCAAUGCAUUUGGAGACCGCAGCACGCAGCGCGGCGCCACCUCAGAGAGUCUGGGUGUGGAUGCCCCUGGCUCCUCCCACCUGGCCAGUCACAGGGAGGAGCUGAAGAUCGUGAUCGUCUACGGUAAAGGGGAGGGCCCACUGGCGGUGGACGGCCAUGACACCCUCUUCACCGCGUCUGAAGUGGAGGCCCUGAACUCGUUGUCUGCGGACCACAGCGCGGCCAAGAGCGUGGAGCGCGGCGAGCUGCUGGUCUGCCACGAGGAGCUGAGUGUGCAGCAGCAGACCCCAGACACCAUUUCAAUCAAGGUUGAAGAGGAUAUUGGUGGAGGCAUGCCCGCUGGAGAAGACGCCCAAGACAUUAGAGACUGCAGCACGCAGCGCGGCGCCACCUCGGAGAGUCUGCGUGUGGACGCCCCUGGCUCCUCCCACAUGUCAAGUCACAGCGGGGAGCUGCGCAUCCUGAGCGUCUACGGACAAGGUGACCACAGCGUGGCCAAGAGCCUGAACUGCAGCGUGAGGCUCGUCCGCCUUGAGGAGCUAACUGGGCAUCAGGGCGGCUGCAAGGGCCGGCCCGGUGUCUUGGGUGGCAAGGUUUUUCCCAACAAUGCCAAUAUGAUCGUCCCCAUGAGGACCCACAACGACAAGAAGCCGUACAGGUGCUACCAAUGCAUGAAGCGCUUCAGUCUGAAAGGCUGCCUGAACCGCCACAUGAUGACUCACGAAGGGGUGAAGCCCUACAAGUGUGACCAAUGCACAAUGUGCUUCGCAGAGUGCUACAAGCUGAAGACCCACAUGAGGACUCACACCGGCGAGAAGCCCUACAGCUGUGACCAAUGCACGAUGCGCUUCGCAGAGAGCUACAGCCUGAAGAUCCACAUUAGGACUCACACCGGCGAGAAGCCCUACAAGUGUGACCAAUGCGUGAAGCGCUUCGCAGAGCGCUCCAGCUUGAAUCUCCACAUGAGGACUCACACCGGCGAGAAGCCCUACAGGUGUGACCAAUGCAAGAAGAGCUUUGGACGGAUAAGCUCCCUGAGGAAUCACAUCAAGGCUCACACCGGCGAGAAGCCCUACAAGUGUGAGCAAUGCGUGAAGCGCUUCACAGAGCGCUCCGGCUUGAAGAUCCACAUGAUGACUCACACCGGCGAGAAGCCCUACAAGUGUGACCAAUGCGUGAAGCGCUUCACAGAGCGCUCCAACUUGAAGGACCACAUGAGGACUCACACCGGGGAGAAGCCCUACAGGUGCGACCAAUGCAAGAAGAGCUUUGGACGGAGAAGCACCCUGAGGAAGCACAUCAAGACUCACACCGGCGAGAAGCCCUACAAGUGUGACCAAUGCGUGAAGCGCUUCACAGAGCGCUCCAGCUUGAAGAUCCACAUAAGGACUAACACCGGCGAGAGGCCCUACAGCUGUGACCAAUGCACGAUGCGCUUCGCAGGGAGCUCUGCCCUGAAGAUCCACACAAGGACUCACCCCCGUUUAUAUGCCCUGCGUGUCUGCAAUGCAACGCCAGCUGCAGGCAGGGCCGCCGUUCCUUCAUCCGAGCCUCUAAAGAACCAGUGGGUUGAUUUUAUUUUCUCUGGAAAUGCUGCGCGAGUCUGCGCCAAACAUUUCACCGAAGACUGCUUCCUCAACUUGGGCCAAUACAGAACUGGACUUGCUCAACGUCUGAGAAUUGAUUCUAGAUCAGUACCAACUCUCCUCGGCUCAGCUACAAACCGCAGACAAGCCAGCUCAUCAAGUGCUUCCAUUCAGCAGCUUCUCUCAAGGGAUGUUGCCUGCCAGACAGACCACCUGGAAACACCUACUGUAGGCACACAGCUAUCCUUAAAGACUUUGCAGUCCCACUUUAAAAGUGAAGAAGACUGCGAUGCCUUUGGAGACCGUAGCACGCAGCGCGGCGCCACCUCAGAGAGUCUGGGUGUGGACGCCCCUGGCUCCUCCCUCAUGUCCAGUCACAGCGGGGAGCUGAAGAUCCUGAGCGUCCACGGAAAAGGGGAGGGUCCACUGGCGGGGGACGGCCAUGACACCCUCUUCACAGCGUCAGAAGUGGAGGCCCAGAACUUGCUGUCUGCGGACCACAGCGUGGCCAAGAGCCUGGAGCGCGGCGAGCGGCUGGUCUGCCGCGAGGAGCUGAGUGUGCAGCAGAUCCCAGACACCAUUUCAAUCAAGGUUGAAGAGGAUAUUGGUGGAGGCAUGCCCGCUGGAGAAGACGCCCAAGACAUUAGAGACUGCAGCACGCAGGGCGGCGCCACCUCGGAGAGUCUGCGUGUGGACGCCUCCCGCAUGUCCAGUCACAACGGGGAGCUGCGGAUCCUGAGCGUCUACGGACAAGGGGAGGGCCCUCUGGCGGUGGACGGCCAUGACACCCUCUUUGCGGCGUCAGAACUGGAGGCCUUGAGUUCGCUGUCCGCUGACCACAGCGUGGCCAAGAGCCUGAACUGCAGCGUGAGGCUCGUCCACCUUGAGGAGCUGACUGGGCAUGGGGGCGGCCGCAAGGGCCGGCCCGGUGUCUUGUGUGGAAAGGUUAUUCCCAACAAGGCCAAUCAGAUCCACACCGACGAGAAGCCGUACGGGUGCGACCAAUGCAUGAGGCGCUUCAGUCGGAAAGGCUACCUGACCCGCCACAUUCAAACUCACUCCGGGGAGAAGCCCUACAAGUGUGACCAAUGCAUGAUGCGCUUCCAACGGCAAUGCGACCUGAAGAUCCACAUGAGGACUCACUCCGGCGAGAAGCCCUACAAGUGUGACCAAUGCACGAAGCGCUUCAGUCAGAAAGGCAGCCUGAAGCUCCACAUGAGAACUCACUCCGGGGAGAAGCCCUACAAGUGUGACCAAUGCACGAUGAGUUUCAGUCUGAAUGGCACCCUGAAGACCCACAUGAGGACUCAUUCUUGGGAGAAGCCCUACAGGUGUGACCAAUGUACGAUGAGCUUCAGUCUGAAAGGCACCCUUAAGAUCCACAUGUGGACUCACUCAAGGGAGAAGCCCUACAAGUGUGACCAAUGCGUGAAGCGCUAUAGUCAUAUUUCCGCCCUGAAUACCCACUUGAGGACUCACACCGUGGAGAAGCCCUACAAGUGUGACCAAUGCGUGAAGCGCUUCACAGAGCGCUCCAGCUUGAAGAUCCACAUAAGGACUCACACCGGCGACAGGCCCUACAGGUGUGACCAAUGCACGAAGAGCUUCACAAAGAACUCGAACCUGAAGAUCCACUUGAGGACUCACACCGGGGAGAAGCCCUACAAGUGUGACCAAUGCGUGAAGCGCUUCGCAGAGCGCUACAACUUGAAGAACCACAUAAGGACUCACACCGGCGAGAAGCCCUACAGGUGCGACCAAUGCAAGAAGAGCUUUGGACUGAAAAGCACCCUGAGGCAUCACAUCAAGACUCACACCGGCGAGAAGCCCUACAGGUGUGACCAAUGCACAAUGUGCUUCACAGGGUGCUCCAACCUGAAGACCCACAUGAAGACUCACACCGGCGAGAAGCCCUACAGUUGUGACCAAUGCAAGAAGAGCUUCACAAAGCGCUCCAGCCUGAAGAUCCACAUGAGGACUCACACCGGGGAGAAGCCCUACAAGUGUGACCAAUGCGUGAAGCGCUUCGCAGAGCGCUCCAACUUGAAGAACCACAUAAGGACUCACACCGGCGAGAGGCCCUACAGGUGUGACCAAUGCAAGAAGAGCUUUGGACUGAAAAGCACCCUGAGGCAUCACAUCAAGACUCACACCGGCGAGAAGCCCUACAAGUGUGACCAAUGCGUGAAGCGCUUCGCAGAGCGCUCCAGCUUGAAGAUCCACAUCAAGACUCACACCGGCGAGAAGCCCUACAGGUGUGACCAAUGCACAAUGUGCUUCUCAGAGUGCUUCAGCCUGAAGAUCCACAUGAGGACUCACACCGGGGAGAAGCCCUACAGUUGUGACCAAUGCAAGAAGAGCUUCGGACGGAAAGACAACAUGCAGCUCCACAUGAAGACUCACAACGGCGAGAAGCCCUACAGCUGUGACCAAUGCAAGAAGAGCUUCACAAAGCGCUCCAGCCUGAAGAUCCACACGAGGACUCACCCCUGUUUAUAAGCCCUGCGUGUCUGCAAUGCAACGCCAGCUGCAGCCAGGGCCGCCGGUUGCUAUAAGCGAACUCGGAGAUUGCAGCGGCGGGUGACAAAUGUGUUGGGGGCGCCCUCUAGUGGCGCCCUUUAUUCCUAUUAAUCAUACAGGGUGUCUGCUAGGGAUGUGUCGGUCGCGACUGAUUCGUUACAACGAACGAAUCCCGAACGUGAAUGACAAGAACUGGUUCCCUAAAACAAGAAGAACUGGUUCUUUGAUUCCUUUUUUUUAACAUCAACCAAACAUAUGGUCACGUAAAUAAAAUAUACAAACGAACAGAGCUCCGUCUCCCCGCGACUUAUAUUGAUUGAGUCUACAACUUCCUCAAAGAUUCAGCCAAUGAGAGGUAGCAAUGGUGUUGGAAUGGCACCUGGGUAAACCAAUGACAAGGCGGUACCGUCGAAUAUGCGCGCUUUCUCUCUCUGACGUAUCUUGGGUCAUACCAUUCGACUCAUAUAUCCCCCUACAUUUUUUCGAAAAUAGACUUGACCUCCAUCUGUUUAUUGGAUAAACGCAUUUCCCAAUCCCAGGAGUCUUUGCUCCAUUCUACGUCAAUUUAAGAACAAACAAAGAAAUUAAACUGCAGUUCGUAUUUUUUAUUUAUGACCAUGCAAGUUCUGUAAUGCCUGAACAAUGAAGAAUUAAAUGUAAAGUAAAAUAAAAUUAUAAAUGUAAAACCAUGAAUGAAAUAUAGAGAGUAAGCAAGUGGUAUAAAUAUUGGUGGGACGUUCGACAUACGAUAUAGCAGGUAUCUCCAAACGGCGGACUGCGGUCUUGACGGUCCUAUCCGGACCCACGACCAAUUAAAAAAAAAAAAAAAAUUAUAAAAAAAAGUUUUUUUAUUUUUAAUUUUUUUUAAGAUGUAAUCUGACGUAACGAACGAAUCAAAACGAACGAAUCAAAUAAACGAAUCGUUAUAGUGAACUGAACUGAAAGAACUAGUUCCCGGAAAAGAAUCAUUUUGCCCAUCCCUAGUGUCUGCGCAUCCUUAAAAAGUCUUAAGAAGUCUCAAAUUCUUUUCUAAAUUUAAGGCCUUAAAGUUUUAAACUCGGUACAAAUGUCACAUGGUAGUCUUAAAUACUGUAACUCAAGGUCUUAAAUUUGUAGGGGCAGGACUAUUUAUUUUUUUAUUUUUCUCGUGGAGCUUUUCAGGAUGGACGUGUAGAGAGGCUUCUUUCUUGAUAGCUGCAUAUUUAAACGAUUAUCUUUGUGCUUGCUGGCUAAUCUGCGACAAUGGGUAGGUUCAAAUUCAAGGAAAGUUUGCUGGAAGACGUCCGUUUCCGAAGUUGGCUUGCGUCUGUUGCCAACCCCCACCAUUGCGUGUUUUAGGUCUUAAAACAUCAUUCAAGGUGGUAUUAAAAAGUCUUGAAUUUGACUUGCUGAAACUUGCAGAUACCCUGUCAUAGAAUUAGAACAAUAAUUAGAAAAUAUAGCUGCAAGCAGCAGUGUGGGGAUCAGACAUAAUGGGAAUUGAUGAACUAAUUUUGCUGGACGGACGUAAUCGGCUAGGUGGCUACAUGACGACCGUCUCGGUAAUCGGUAAUACUGACAGCCGGUGGGAUGAGCAUUAUGCGAGUACGCGUCAAUGUUUACCAAAUGGGGGGCCCCACCUAGAGGUAAGGGCGCAAUAUGGUCUGCCUGACAGAACAAAUGUCACAAAUACAUAGGGGUAUUCGGAACAAUAUCCUUAAAAGAGACACAAUGUAAACAAGCAUCCGUUCUGGAGGUGGUUCGUGAAGCAUCUAAUCCAGUGGGAAUUGCAGUUAAUAUUGUACGUGGGCGGAAUGGUAAAUAUAGUCAUUGUUGCAUUGUACAUUAAGUACCGCUUGUCGCCACAAGGGUGCAGUGUCUACCCAUUAAUGAGUGCUGUUCAACGCAACUAACAUUGAAAUAAAUGAAGUAGUGUUCUGUUUGUAUGCUGCAUGUCGGAUUUACAUGAUGAUUGAAUAUGAUUGAUAUGUUAUCAGUUUUAUGUAACACGGUAUAAGAUAUGACCAUGAAAAAAUACAUAUGAUUAGAUUUUACUGACACUGAAAGUUAUUGGCAAAUGGGUAUCACAAUGAAAAUACAUUGAAGUUGCUUUCUAAGGGCUGGAAUAGACUGCUAACAACGCACCCCUAAAAGUCAAAUCACACCAAAUUAUUUGGGCAUCAUCUGGAUAGGGUCAUAAGACUAUGAGCCAAGUUGUUGGUUUGGAUGCAUGAAGGCCUUGCAGAGAUAUAAGCUCACGUCCUGUUUGGCGUGCCCCUGAGGUCAAAGGUCACCAAAUUGUUUGGAUGUCCCCAGAAUGAUGUCAUGAGUCUAUGUAGGGCUGCACGAUAUGGGCAAAAGAUGAUAUCCCGAUAUUUUUUGGCUGAAUGGCGAUAUACGAUAUAUAUCUCAAUAUUUUCUAUAGAGUGGGUUAAAGAUUUUUUUUAAGUCAAAAUCCACAUGUGAGACGUUGGAAGCACUUUUAUUAAAACACAGGUCAGUAUGACUGCAACAUAUAUCAACAUGUGAUUUUGUAUAGUCAUUUUCACCAGAAUGGAACAUGGAACUCUGGCUGGCACAUGGGCACGGGGCGUUCGUGCCCACUGCACCGUCAGUCAACGGACGUGGGAAGGCGUUGCUGACUGAUGGGGGAGUAGUCUUUGCAGAGGCAUCCGUCAGCCAAUCAAAUCGCUUCGCCGGGUUCUUCCCGCUACUUCCUGCUUGUUGCGAUGCAAGAUGACCCGCUUUCCUGCUUUCCAGUAUCGUCAGAGCCAGAGUCGCGUCACAGUGCUUAAAUUUGCAUACGUGAUCUGAUUAGAUGACGGAUCCGUCGCUGCCGAAAAAGUUGAACAUUUUCAACUUCUUGACUGAGCCGAAGGCUCCAACGGAACGGACGGAUCCACAAUGCAUUGCGCGUCCGUCCCCAUUCAAAGUCAAUGGGGAUCAGUCAACGGACGGAGGUAGUGGGCACGGGGCGGAAGGGUCAUGCCCACUGCACCGUCAGUCAAAGGACGUAGAAGGCGUGGCUGGCGGAGGGGGGAGGUUUCCAGGGUCGUCAGAGCCCGAGUCGCGUCACAGUGCUUAAAUUUGCAUGCAGGGUUCUGAUUGGAUGACGGAUCCGUUGCUGCCGAAAAAGUUGAACAUUUUUCAACUUUUUGACGGAACGGUGCGCACGGAUCCACCAUGUAUUAUGCGUCCGUCCCCAUUCAAAGUCAAUGGGGUUCAGUCAAUGGACGGAGGCAGUGGGCACGAGGCGUCAUGGCUUGUUCACACUACCUGCGUCUGUCGGCGGAUCUCAUGCACCAAUGCACUGCCCCCUAGUGGUUCCAGAUGCAAUAGCAGGGUAAUAAAACAUGGCUUUGAUAAACGGUCUCAGGUAUUUAUUUUUGUCAUUCAUCAGACCCGCUCACCCAAAUGCUACUUACAGUAUUGCAUAAAUUUGAUUCAAGAAGCAGGUAGGGGUUAAACUGUGAACAGAUACAUGUGAUUUAAAGAGCAGUUGGGGGUAAAACUGUCACGCCGGGUCCUGCUACGCAGUCCACUACCUCCAUCUAGUGGCCACUUGACGCCAGUGGUCCUUCUCCUCACACACCAGGCUGCAAUCAUCAAAUCACCAUUCCCUACUUCAGCCGGAGAUCUCCUACCAGCCGGCGCCAGUUCGUCGUUACGUCUACACAGUCAGUAUCGGUCCUACCAGUAUUCUUGAAAACUGUCUCUAGCCUGAACCCUUGAUAACCACCUCUCUUCCUCUCUAGUACUUCCCCUGCCAUCGAACCCCUGCCUGCCUGACUACCCGUCUGUCGCCAAGCCCCUGACUGCCUGCUCGUUACCGGGCCCCUGCCUGCCUGACUACCCAUCUGUCGCCAAGCCCCUGACUGUCUGAUCGCCCGCCUGUUACCUGACCCCCUUGCUUGUCGGACUACCCGCCUGCCUACCAAUAA